AGCUUUCUGGCAAUCGCCGGGUUUCACAUCCAGAGCCUUUAGCCCUUAAUUGCGGUUGGAGCAAGGUGGCGGCGGCGCUGCUCAACAAGCACCUGCAGAUCAACGGCAUCACGGCGGGCAUCACGUCGCUGCCGGGCGCCCAGGGCGAGGUGGGCUUCGGCAUGGGCGGCAUGUCCGUGCCCGAGGACCCCGAGAUCCAGCCGCUCGCCUCCAGCAAGAUGAAGCGUGAGCGCAAGGCGGCGCGCACCCUGGGCAUCAUCAUGUCGGCCUUCCUCGCCUGCUGGCUGCCCUUCUUCCUCUGGUACAUCAUCACGGCGCUGUGCGGCGCCCAUGUGUGUACGUGCCCGCCCAUCGUUGUGGCCAUCGUCUUCUGGAUCGGCUACUUCAACUCGGCGCUCAACCCGCUCAUCUACGCCUACUUCAACCGCGAGUUCCGCGCCGCCUUCAAGAAGACGCUGCAGGCGUGCUGCUGCUGCUGCUCGCGGCGCUGCGCGGCCGGCGCCGCGGCUGCCGUAGGCGCCAAGCUGGGCCUGCGGAGGAAGGGCUGGCCCGACCGGCCGGGGCUGUGCACCGGUAAGGGCUGCCUGUAAUGACAUUGUGAAAAAUAAUUUAAAGUGUUUUUUUUGUGGGAAAAUUUUCCUUACGAUUUCUAACUGUGAUUUUACAAAAUUCUUUCGACACUAUUACGUAUCGACUUGAUUUUUUCCACGAAGACAAUGUCAGUCGUAUUUCAAUGCAUUUGGCUGUGUAUUACAUAUUAUUUUCUUGUAUUUCCUAGAAUUGCUAUGUCACUGCUUUUUUUUCGGGAUAGCCGAGCCGUAUCCA